AUGGUGGCCAGAGAGACGACCCAGAAGAAGCCCCAUGUAGCUGUCCUAGCCAGCCCAGGCAUGGGACACGUCACCCCUCUCCUUGAGCUAGCCAAACGACUCGUCGUUGACCACGGCUUCCAGGUCACCUUUCUUGCCAUCUCCACCGACGCACCACCUGCCCAGAUUCAGCUCCUCAACAGUUCCACCCUCCCUCCCGACCUCCACGUCAUCCACCUCCCUCAUGUCGACGUGUCAAACCUACUCACCGCCGCCACGGGCAUCUCCGUUCGUAUCAUUCUUGUCGUCCUGCAGACCCUCAGCCAUCUACCGUCAGUCCUAACCAAUAUGCAACCGCCCAUCCAAUCUCUCAUCGUCGAUCCAUUUUGCGUGGGAGCCCUCGAAUACGCCUCCGCCUUCUCCAUCCCCACGUACCUUUUCUUGACGACUUCCGCUUCGUUUACGGCGUUGACCAUGUACUUCCCUACGCUUCAUGCACAGGUUGACGGAGAUUAUUCUAAGAUCGCCGAGAAGGUUGUUGUCCCCGGUUGCAACCCCUUGUUGCUUGACGAUCUUAUCCCUGGGGUUUUGAUGCCAGAAGUCCUGCCUCUAUGCAACCGGAUUCCGUUGGUCAAGGGCGUUUUCAUAAAUACAUGGGAAGAACUUGAGCCGGUCGCCCUUGGCGCUGUUAGGAAGAAUCCUUUCUUUCUUGGUCUACCAGCACCACCGGUUUAUCCCAUCGGACCCUUGACCAAGGGCAAUGAAGAUGAACCGCUGACGUCAACACUGGAAUCGAAGAAGAUGCUGACGUGGCUGGACAAGCAGCCACCAGAUUCGGUUGUAUACGUGUCGUUUGGGAGCGGAGGGACGCUGUCUGGUGAACAGAUGAACGAGUUGGCUUGGGGACUGGAACUGAGCCAAACACGGUUCGUUUGGGUGGCGCGACCCCCGAGUGAAGUCAGUGCGUCGGGGAGCUUUUUCGAAGCCGGUUAUGAUGCGGAGGGUGCGGCGUCGUAUUUGCCAGAUGGGUUUCUGGACAGGACGAGGGAGAGGGGGCUGGUGAUAUCCUCGUGGGCCCCGCAAGUGGCGGUGCUGAGUCAUGGGUCCGUUGCUGGGUUUGUGACGCACUGCGGGUGGAAUUCUGUGUUGGAGAGCAUAGCUCAAGGUGUAGGGAUGAUUGCGUGGCCUCUGUACGCUGAGCAGAGCAUGAACGCGAGGAUUCUGGUGGAUAUGGGAGUGGCUGUGUGGCCGAAGCCGGCUGGGGAGAGAGCAGUGGUGGGGCGAGGUGAGGUUGAGAGGGUGGUGAGGUCUGUUAUGGAAGGUGAACAAGGAAAGGCGAUGAGGCAGAAGGUGAUAGAGCUUCAAGGUACUGCAUUCAAAGCUUUGGGUUUAGGCGGGUCGUCUAAUGCAUCGCUGGCAGGCCUGGCGGACGAAUGGAGGGCGGGAGGCUCACUUUGA